AGUGUAGCCAGUACCAGGGGGCAGAGUAGCAGAGAGGCAGACAAGGCUUUCUAGCACUACACUGCAACUCUUCAGUACCCCCUCUCUCCUCCCUCCAGGCUGUCCUUCAUCUACCCUCUUCCCCUCCUUUCUCCCGGCCCCUGGGCCAGGGAAUGUGCCAGCUGGGAGAUGCCUUACGUGGAUCGGCAGAACCGGAUCUGUGGCUUCCUGGACAUCGAGGAAAACGAGAGCAGUGGGAAGUUUCUGCGCCGCUACUUCAUCCUAGACACCCAACCGGGCAGCCUGGUGUGGUACAUGGACAACCCUCAGAACCUGCCCAUCAGUGCGGACUGUGUUGGCUCACUCAAACUCACCUACAUCUCCAAGGUCAGCGACGCCACUAAGCAGAGACCAAAGGCAGAGUUUUGCUUCGUAAUCAACGCUGGCAUGAGGAAAUUCUUCCUCCAGGCCAAUGAUCAGCAGGACCUGGUGGACUGGGUGAACGCUCUUAACAAGGCCACCAAAAUCACUGUGCCAAAGUCCUAUGAUGGCCAACAGAAUGUGGAGACCCAGAAAGCCCUUCUGGACAACCUGGGACCCAAGAAGCAGGUCUCCUACAGGACUGACAUCAUCGGGGGAGUUCCCAUCAUAACCCAGAUGCAGCAGGAAAGGGGAGAGGGCCAGGAGGGUUCCGAGCGAGAGUUGCUGCAGAGAUCCCACAACCAGCUGCCAUACUUCCUGGGCAGGCCGACCCAAGACAAGACGGUCAUCAAGUCUGGCUAUUGUGUGAAGCAGGGAGCUGUGAUGAGGAAUUGGAAAAGGAGAUAUUUCUUACUGGAGGAGAACUCAAUGAGUUACUUCAAAUCAGAUCUGGAGAAGGACCCUCUGAGAAUUAUUCCAUUGAAGGAGGUCCACAAAGUUCAGGAGUGCAAACAGAGUGACAUCUUGAUGAGGGAUAAUCUCUUUGAGGUUGUCACCACUUCUAGGACCUUUUACAUUCAGGCUGACAGUCCAGAGGAGAUGCACAGCUGGAUCAAGGCUGUCUCUGGGGCCAUCGUAGCCCUGCGGGGACCUGGGAGAUCUGCAGCCACCCAGGAACACUGUGGCUGUUCCUCCCAAUCCACAUUCUACCGCAGCCACCCGGGGCCCCCCGUCCCUCGCUCGCCCUUAUCUGCAGUGCCACCCUACCCAGGGUGCCCUGCUAUCGCGGGCGGCGCACGCCCGGAGCCUGGCGUGGGACAGCGAACAUUUCAUGAGCCUCCUGCCACGACCCAGCCACGCCCGACUGUCACUACAGGAGACACGCCUGUCCAAGUGACCGCUGCCACCACCCUCGAGUCACCAUGGAGACAGUGCAGCACCUUUGAGGGCUACCCACCAGAACCCCCCCUUGACUUGGACCCUACUGACCUGCCAGUCAGUGAAGUCUCACCCCUACCCACAAACUAGGAGAUGAUGUGUGGCAACAGUGAUAAUGGAGGAAAUAAGAGGAGUGCUUUUGAAUAACCGAGAGAAGCAGAACCAGGGGGCUGGUGUUCUCCUCCACCAAACUGACCGGAAGUCAUCUGGAUAGAAAUGGCAGAAAGCAGGAACUGGACUCCAUGCCAAAGUGAAUGACUGUAUAAUAUGUCUGACCUCUAUCCAUCUCAUGUUACCUAACCCAACUAGUCAACUCUGGUCAGAUAUUAGAGUUGAAAGUCACUCAGGGACAGAGGGGUUGCGUUCUCUCCUGGUGUUUCAUUGUUAGUCAUCUGCUCAGUUGAAGUCGAGGCCUGUGGACACAUACUUAAAGUCAUGCAAUCAGCUGUGUGCCUGUGUGUGUAGGGAGGGUGGGAUUCAUACUGAGCUCUACGCCAAAGAUACACCAUUUGUCAUUUUCUCCCACCUUAGAUCAAACGUUAAUGUUUGCCUUCACAUUUAGAUUUAAAAUGUAAUGAAGCGUUUUACCUGCAACUCAUGACUAGGCACAAAGAUUAAUUCAACAAUUUGUGAGCUAGGGAGUGUAUAUUUUAAGGGAGCAAGCUAUAUUCUCUGAGGGAAUAGGUGUCAAGCUACAGAAAUAAUCAUGCCUGGUCAUUUCAUACAUUCACUGUUGUUCUUAUUGAACGUUGUCUUUAUUUUUAAUUUUAAUGUAUAGUGUAUGACCCAAAUGAUUCUAACAGACAUUUUCUUUAUCUGAUUUUAAAACCUACAUACAAUCCCACUCAAGAUCCACAACAGAGUAUUACAGGUAGAACGUUGUUGGCACACACUGUGGACUGGUACGAGAGGACUGUGCAGCUCCAAAGCAAGCCAUGUGGGUCGUUCCACCAAUUCGCUGCCUUUUUGAGAAAUAUAAAUUGGUAGAAAAAACAAAUUGAUUUCACCUAAUUUAGCAUUCUGUCAUAAAGAGCACAUUUUCAACUUUAGCAAGUCUUUAUUCAGAUGCAAAAAAAUCUGAUUUAUUGAAUUCUUUGUGUGGUCUAUAUUAAAGGUUACUUAAUUUAAUUUAACAGACUUAAAUGUGAUGUUGGUGCACAAUUUUUACUUAACAUAUCAAAGGGAAGCAAAAGGCACUCAUUUCGUGCAACGAUCCAUGGAUGUUUGCCUAAUCCUGCAGUGUACUGUUUUGGGGUUAUCUUUGGACUUGUACCAAUAGGAGUUUAGUGGGGGAGUGAGGUGGCUUCAGUACAGGACCAAAGUCAACAGCAGUCACUACUAAGGAAGGGAUGGCCAGAGUGUCUUGCAGAGAUGAUGUUGAAAUAAAUACUGUUCACCAAAGCUGCCUGACCUCUUCAGACCCGUAUACUGUACAGUGGCUUCAACCAUUUUAAUGACUGCUGCCCUAUCUGUUGAGUUAUGACAAUGACAGCUGCUGUUUUGUGUGUGUGAAAACAUUGGUUUUCUUCAACAGUUUGUAUGGGAUGGUUUUAUUUUGUUGUAAAAUUAUGUGGGAAGAUGUAUAUUUCCGUUUGAACUUCCCUGUGCCUGUAUUGCCAGGUAGUGGAGGUUAACCCAACAAUACUACUCAAAGGUCUUAUUUCAAUAGCUCUCAGUAGUGGUUUUGCAAAACCAUAUAGCUGCUAAAGUGCCAUAAAUUCUAUAAAAAUAAAUAAAUGUUAUUCUAACCCUU